GAAGCGCGUGGCGCUAUUUGCAAACUUUGAGGCGCGCCGACUUUUAGUGUGAAUGCGUUAGUUAGAAACUAUUUGCCGGCGACUGACUUGAAUGUUUUUGCUUUCACGGUGAUAAGAAGUCCGGCGCCUAUAAUCUCAUGUCUGACCGUGAGCGGGGAUAUAAAUCCUCCACCUGCUCAUCCUCGUUUCGGGGUUUGUCCUCGGUUUGUGCAGCAAGGCAACUUCUACUUCUACCACACUUUGUUACUUUGGACAUUGUGUCCGCGCAUCAGGAGCGUCAGGGAGUCAACACGUUUAUUUCCUUCACUUAAACAGGGAACACAUUAGCAGAUGCGAGUGCUGUAGAAAGGAAAGCGAUCUGGACUGUCAGGUUCGCAGGGAAUUAUUAGUUCGCCGAAUCAUUAGAAAGUGAAAGAAAAAGUUUGUGAGAAAGGCCAAAAGUUGAAGCAACACCAUGAGGAGAGCGCUGAUUGUCCAGAUGUGGAUAGUUUUAUUUCUGGGGACUUUUAGCAGAAUGGGAAAUGCUCAGGUCGCCAAUGCCAAGGUGCUGAGAGGCAACAGCAUAACCACCGACUUGUACCGCAGUGACGAAAACAUCACGGUGACUUCAGCGGGCGGUUUCAUCUCCAGCCCAAACUACCCCAAAGCCUAUCCCCGAAACCUGUGUCUGUCAUGGAAACUGCUGUCACCACCUGGGACCGUCAUCCACCUUGAGUUUGAUGAACAGUUCAACAUAGAGGAGCCUGUGAAAGGAAAGUGCAGUUAUGACUAUGUUGAGGUGGAGGAAAAAUCCCAGAGCAGCACCAUAAAGUGGGGACGUUGGUGUGGACAGAAGGCACCCUCUAGUCUAACCUCUAAAUCCAACACACUCAGAAUCACCUUUAAGUCGGACGAUUACUUUGUCGCAAAGCCGGGAUUCAAAAUCCACUACUCACUUGUGGGUGACACCAACUUGGAGGCAGCUCCAGAACUCUUGUCGGACAUGGGAACAAAUGAGAUGCCACCCACAGAGUUUCCUCAGACCCUGGAGGACCUGGACAAAACCAUAGCUACUUUUGACACAAUAGAAGAACUUCUUAAAUCUUUGAGCCCAGCUACUUGGAGGCAAGACCUGGAAAGCAUCUACACUCAAACUUACAUAUAUUACAGAUCCAAGUCCUACCACCUGGCAAGUAGACAAAACAAAGUUGAUUUGAAUCGACUUCAUGAUGAUGUCAAGCGAUUUAGCUGCACACCGCGCAACUACUCUGUGAAUCUGCGAGAAGAGCUGAAGACCACCAAUGCCGUCUUCUUCCCUCGAUGUCUUUUGGUGAAACGGUGUGGAGGCAACUGUGGCUGUGGAACUAAUAACUGGAACACUGGCUGUUCCUGUCAGCCUUUGAAAACCACGACAAAGCUUCAUGAGGUGCUCAAGUAUUCCCCAGAGACUAGUCCAUACAAGCAGCAGCAGCAGAAACAGCGGGUGCGCUGGGUUAUUGGGGAAAUUUUCCUUUCCCAUCAUGAAACAUGCGAGUGUGCGUGUCCUCUUCAGCCCCCUCGCUGAGAUGUUGAUCCUGGCCAUAGAACUGAUGGAUUACAUUUUUUUUCCUGGUUUGCAUCGGACUCUAUAUACCAAACAGCACCGCUGACAAACACGCAGCAGAGAAGAAGGCUUGCAUCGUACAAAAUGCGAUUAGCUUUAGGAUAAUAACUUUCUCUGAGCACAGCUUGCUUUUUUUUUCUUUUUUCAAAAAUGCACUAAAUGUUCCUGUCAAACAUGUUUUUGAUGUUUGUUUUUAUCUACUCAAACUACACCUAAUGUAGUUGGGUCUGACUGGAGUACUAACACCUUUUAUACUUUGUCACGUUUUGUAAUGUUGGAACUACAGUAGUGUUGCGCCGAUGCCAUUCUUUGGCCCCGAUACCGAUACCCGAUACCCGGCUGUGCCGUAUCGGCCGAUACCGAUACCAUAAUAAUGUAAAAUAAUUGCUAUCAUGGCUUUGUCA